UUUAGAUUGGUAAUUAUUUGUUUGUAACGUUAACAAUGGGUUAACGCAUAAUUAAUUUGUAAAUGAUUAACCUCGUUUAGAUCUGUCAACAUAAAUGUAAACAGAUUUCAACGAGUGGCGAAUGGCGCCAAAGCCUCCACCUUCCUUCAUGUUUUGAUCGUUGGUUUCACACUCGUCUCUUCUAUCGAUCGAUACGAAGUCGCGCUCCCCCGCUAUUGUGCAAAUCAGGUAAUCUGUCUUACCAAUUAUUAUUAUUUAUUAUUAUUAUUAAUAAAUACGGCCUUUGCCAUAAUUCUUAAAACUAAAACCCCCCUAUUGUGUUUUUAUUCUAUUUUGUUUGGUUGAGCUUUGCAUCUUUCCCCGCAUUGGCGCAAACAUUGGUCCAUUCGUACCGGAUUACGAACGAGCUGUUGGUAAAAGAAGUAAUCGUUUUCUUCUUUUUUUUUUCUAAUUGCAAAGCAUAUCAUCAUCAUCACCAUCUAUACAGUCCACCACAUCAUCUCCUUAACAUCAUCAUCGUGUUUCUAUCAAAAACAAUCAGUAUGUCGGUGAAAAUCUAUUCGGAAGAAGAACUUUUGAAUGUUGAUGACGGUUUUGAUUACAAUGAACCUCGGCCCACCGAUCCCCAAGCUGGAAUGUCGUCAGCUGCAGUGGAAGCAGCCCUUGUUGAGCCGAUCGCGGCUGUAAAAAUAUCCGAACGUGGGUCCGAGUCCGAUAAAGCGGAUUCAUCUGCGGCCCUCGCUGAACCGAUGCAAACCGAGUCCGAAUCCAUAUCAACGGAUUCAUCUGCGGCUCCGGUUUUUGAUUCACCCCCCAAAAAUGAUACAUUACAAACCGAGUCCGGAUCUUCGGGUCCAUCUGCGGCUCCGGUUGCCACACCUCAUUUGGAGGAGUCGGAAAAUAAUUUAAGGUCCGAAACCCAUAAGGUUUCAUCUGCGGCCUCACAUAAAUGUCGCCUUUGUGAUCGCAUGCACCCGCUGGAUAGAUGUAGUGACUUCCGGGUUAUGAAUGUUGACAUGCGACGUCGCAUUGUCCUAAAAUACUUUUUUGAAUAA